UGAGGUAUAUUUUGAUUAUAUAAGGGGGUGUUCGAGGAUUUCCAUGACUAGGUAAGACUAUAGGGCGGGUUUAUAGAUUUAAAGUAACUAGAUGAGUUUCUCGAAUAUUCAUGAAAUACCAACCCGUAUGAGGUAUAGUUACAUACUUACAUGCACCGUUACUUGAAAUCUAGAUUCGCGUAGAAAAUUACUCGUAUUAGGAGUUCAUUGAUGUAUAAUACAAGUAGAUUUUACCAUAGGAUUUAAAAUGAAUCCUAAUACCAGCUUCAACUACUUAAUCUGGAAAUUCCAACUAGUCAACUACUAGUACAAUGUGCGGUAGGAAAAAUGUCAACGGGUGGGUGACACAAUCAAAAUGACACCCUCCCCAUUGCCUUCUCCAAAAACCAGUAACUUCUCUGCUUUAAUUGUAUUGCUGAAUUUCUUUAUUUCUUUACUCAUCCAAAUCUUGAUCUACACACAUACAGACACCAGCAUCAGCUACUUAUUAUAUAAUAUGGGGUAGAAAAAAAGUCAACUGGUGGGUGACACAAUCAAAAUCACACCCUUCUUAUUGCUGAAUUUCUUUGUUUCUUCACCCAUCUAACUCUAGAUCAGUACCACAGAUAAACAUGUCUUACACAAACACAGACACAAACACAGCUGAAUCUGAGUGGAACUACUCAGAAUCAGACAUAGCUCAUGAAUUCCUGUUUUUCAACGUCCUCAAAGAUGGUCGUGUCCAUGUUUUACUUCCACCUGUUGAGAAAGUCCCCCCUUCCUUUGGCUCCACCGUCGGCGUCUCAAUAAAAGACGUCGAAAUAACAUCCGACGUCUCAGCCCGAAUCUUACUCCCUUCAUCCACCACUGCACAGAAACUCCCUGUUGUAUUCUACAUCUAUGGCAGUGGCUUUUGUAUGCGAGCCGCCUUUUCUGAGGAUUACACCCGCUUCUGUUCCAACAUCGCCACCGAAGCCAACGCCAUUGUUGUCUCAGUUGAAUACGGCAUCUUCCCUGCACGCCCGAUUCCCGCGUGCUAUGACGAUUCCUGGGCAGCGCUCCAGUGGUUGGCGUCUCACGGUAACGGGUCUGGACCUGACCCGUGGAUCAACAACCACGCCGAUCUUCGCCGGAUCUUCGUCGGCGGGGAUUCUGCAGGAGGAAACAUCUCUCACACCUUAUUAGCUAAGGUAGGGUCUACAGGACUCCCUGGGGAUGCGAACAUUGAAGGGAUGAUAUUAGUCAACCCGUACUUUGGGGAAGAUGAUAAGAUGUGGAUGUACAUGUGCCCUACUAAUGAAGGACCUACUGAUCGUAGAAUGAAACCUGCUGUAGAGGAUCUGGGUAGGAUCGGGUGUGGUAGGGUGUUGGUGUUUCUGGCUGAGUUUGAUGCGUUGUACUGUGCAGGGAAGAUGUACACGGAUGAGUUGAUCAAGAGUGGUUGGAAAGGGACGGUUGAGAUUGUGGUAAACAAAGGAAAGGAUCAUUGCUUUCAUCUUGCUGAUUAUACAGAUCUUGAGGCUAUUGCUAUUCGGGGUCGGAUCGCUUCCUUUAUCAAUAAUCAAGGUUAAGGUGAUUUAAUCACCUGUAUUGAAUACCGUUAUGGAGAUUGUGUUUGACUCAGGUCUUGCACUUUGCUGGGUGUAGGAUAGACACUUACACACUUUCACACUUUCACUAUCUGUCUUCUUAUUGUUCAGUGUGCUUAAAUGCUGUAUUUGUAUGUAAAUUGAGAUGCCGAAUUAGAUGUAUGUUCAGCUAUGGUGAUUAAAAACACUGCAUGAUUAACAUUUCUGAUAAUGUAAGCAACUGCAGACUUUUUCAGGAUAGUGAGUCUUCUUCAUCUUUCAAACAUGUUUCUCAGAGUUAUUAUUGUGAUUUGUACUUGCUUAGUUUAUUAAUCGCACAAGUAAUGCUGUAAAUAUUGUUAAACCCGUGGUUAUGCGCUCUUGUAUGCCAUUGUAUCCGAGUUUUUUACAGCAAGAU